AUGUCAAGUGUUGAAGAGUUAACCGAAAAAAUCCGCCAACUAGAACUAGAACUUUCUCAAGAGCGUAAUAAAAAUGUGUCGCGUAAAAAAAUCGAAGUAUUAUCCUCGGAAGUAGUUGACACGAAUCCCUACAGCCGUUUGAUGGCCCUGAAGCGUAUGGGAAUAGUCGACAACUACGAGAAAAUCCGUACCCUGACCGUAGCAGUAGUCGGAGUCGGCGGAGUGGGAAGUGUCACCGCAGAAAUGUUGACCCGCUGCGGAAUUGGCAAACUCGUUCUCUUUGACUACGACAAAGUUGAGCUGGCAAACAUGAACCGACUGUUUUUCCAGCCGCACCAGGUCGGACUGAGCAAGGUUAACGCAGCAGCUAGAACAUUGACGACCAUCAACCCAGAUGUCUUCGUGGAAACUAAUGAUUACAACAUCACAACUGUCGACCACUUUGAGAACUUCAUGAAAGCUAUCAGCACCGGGAGCUUGACCAACGGACCAGUGGACCUGGUGCUCAGCUGCGUGGACAAUUUCGAAGCGAGAAUGGCGAUCAACACCGCCUGCAAUGAGCUGAACCUCAAGUGGUUCGAGAGCGGAGUUUCCGAGAACGCGGUCUCAGGCCACAUCCAGUUCAUCGUCCCCGGGGAGUCCGCGUGCUUCGCCUGCGCUCCUCCUCUGGUAGUCGCUUCCAAGAUCGACGAGAAGACUCUCAAGCGAGAAGGAGUCUGCGCUGCUUCCUUGCCCACCACCAUGGGCAUCGUAGCAGGAUUUCUCACUCAGAAUGCGCUUAAGUUCCUGCUGAACUUCGGCAGCACUUCGUUCUACCUCGGCUACAACGCGAUGGAGGAUUUCUUCCCGUCGAUGGUCCUUCGGCCCAAUCCGAACUGCGAUGACCGGUACUGCAGGCAGAGACAGCAGGAGUUCCAGGCGCUGCCCAAAGAAGAAAUCGCGGUUGAAGCUGUUGAAGAAGCUCCGGUUCAUGAAGAUAAUGAUUGGGGAAUUUCGCUGAUUGAUGAAACUGCUGAUGUUGCUGAAGAAGAUAAUGUUCGGGGACUUUGUCCAGGUCUCAGGCAGGCGUAUGUUGUCCCGGAUGCUCAUGCUCAUGAGAAUGUUGUUGAUGCAAGUGCGCUUAGUCUUGAAGAGCUCAUGGCUACCAUGAAGACUAUUUAA